AUGGUACGUGCCGCAGCCGAAGUGCGCACCAUCAUCGCCAUCGGAUCGGCGUGUUCCCGGCCAGCGGCAGCGGCACGAAAGCGAGGCUCGUGGCUGUGUGACCGCCGUUGUGCUCGAACGGCCGCUCGACUGUCGGCUCUCCCCAUGGGCGGAGGACAGCUCGAAGACGCCGCGGCGAGCAGCCGUCGCCAGCAGCAGCAUUCAGCCGGGCCGCCGUCGUCGGCAGCGGCUGACGCAGCCCUGCUCACGGCCGACGCGCUCAGCCGCGGCGGCCAAGAGGUAGCCGCCGGCGGCGGCCGUGACUGCGACACGCCACAAGCAACGACGACCAUCAGCGGCGACGGCAACCACAACCACCCGCUGGUCUGGCUGGCCAUCCUCAAGGUGGGCCUCCUGGCGGACCCAGCCUGGUCCUCGGGCGACAUGCACGAGCGGGCGCGCCGCCUGUGGCUCGCCUUUCACCGGCUGGAACCGCCAGACGGGCAUCUCAGACAGAUGGCGGUAGAGGCGGCGCCUCCGUGGGAGCCCCUGGCCGCGACUCUGUGGAAGAGCAUCGCCGCCGUGCGAGACUUGUGGGAACAGCAGCCGCCGGCAACGGCGACGCACACAACGCUCGCGGCGGCCGCGCUGUUUCUCUGGCAGGAAUGCGCCCACUGGCCAGGCCACGAGGGCAACAGUCAACAGUCAAGCUUUGCAGUCAACAGCCGGAGGGCCACCUGCUGUUGCUCCUGCUGCCCCCACCAGGGGCCCUCCUGGUCCGACGCCGCAUUGCUACAAGCAACUGCCAACGACUACGAGCUCCCUACAGACAAGGGUCCUCGGUGGCAGAUGGACUACGACUGGGGACUGAGACAGGCGAAGUUACUCCACGCCGUGUGGGCAACCAGCCCAUGCCCGGCGAUGCGCUGCUGCCCGAACGUCGGCAAGCCCUGGCCCUGGGAAGGGGCCGAACUCUUGCUUCCCCUGGUGCUGUCCCAUGGCCUGUCCUGGGCGGCCCUGGUGCGUGCCGGGACCGCCCCGUGCGCCUGA